AUGGGAUGGAAGGGAAGUGCGGGGUUUGAAUGGUUUGAGAUAUUGUGUAGCAAAGUACACUUACUUCUGCUUACGCGUCUGAGCGUCGGUGGAAAACUCGUCACUUUGCGUACCCGAGCAUUGCAGAGCGAUGGAGACGAAGGUGACGCUACCGAAGGUCGACGUCCACACUGGCAAAUCUUAGUAGGGCCGAACUCCAAUAGAAAGGAGCAAUUGGGAAGGGGAGAUGUCGGUGUGAAAUCCUACGCUGCUGGCCGUUCUCGUCGUGGAAAUGUUUCAACUUGCCUUCGAACACAGGUCGUAGAGCAGUCAUCACUGCCUCGUUACCAGCUUUGGUACUCAAGGCCAGUAACUUGCAGCACGGUGGUCGAGGAGUGA